AUGAAAGUGAAAGAGUUGAAGAGGACGGUGAACGUGUGCUGGUCGCCGGCAGAACACUAUCCCGUGACGAUAGCGGCCGGCUCCGCCGCGCAGCAGGUUGAUGCUUCCUUUAGCUCCAGUUCGAGCUUGGAGCUCUAUACACUAAAUUUGGAUGAACCUGGACUCGAUUUAUCACUCAAAACCAGUUUUCAGACACAGCAUAAAUUUCAGAAGUUAGUAUGGUCUGGUGCUGGUGUUAUUAUAGGAGGUUGUGAUGGUGGUUUACUGGAGUUCUACAGUGUUGACAAACUGCUCAGCAAUUCCCCUGACCCUCUCCUUAGUAGCAGCACUAAACACAAUGGCCACGUAUCAUCACUGGACAUCAACCCAUACCAGAAGAACUUACUGUCUUCAGGAGCGUCAGAAAGUGAGAUCUUUAUCUGGGACCUGAACAACACUAGCCAACCAAUGGCACUGGGCAACAGGAGCCAGCCAUAUGAACAUGUUCAGGGCCUCGCGUGGAACCAACAGGUACAACACAUUCUUGGAUCCAGUUUCGCUUCUAGAUGCGUCGUUUGGGACUUGCGCAAGAAUGAACCAAUCAUGAAAUUAAGUGACUCACAGUCCCGUACACGGUGGCGCUCGUUGUGUUGGCACCCCGAUGUGGCCACGCAGCUGUGCAUCGCCUCUGAGGACGACCAGGUGCCCGUCGUACAAUUGUGGGACUUACGAUUGGCAUCAUCCCCCCUAGUCACACUAGAAGGUCAUCAGAAAGGCGUGAUGUCAUUAUCGUGGUGUAAGCAAGACUCAGACUUACUGCUGUCGGCCGGCAAGGAUGGAAGAGUGUUGUGUUGGAACCCUAACAAUACGAAACCUGGUGGGGAACUUCUUUCAGAAAUCAGUCAACAGCAACAGUGGGUGUUCGACGUGGCCUGGUGCGGACGAGACCCUGGCUUAUUCGUCACCGCCUCCUUCGACCAACAGGUCGCGGUGCAUUCCCUGCUGGCGACCGAACAGACCGUUAGCAACGUGCACACUCAGAACAACAUGAUGGAUUCGUUCGGGGGCGUGGACUCGUUCAGCGCGCUGCCCAGCGUGAGCCGCCCCGCUCGCCCCGCGCCCCCCGCCCCGCAGCUGCCGCGCCCGCCGCGCUGGCUCAAGAGGCCCGCCGCUGCCAAGUUCUCUUUUGGCGGCAAGCUGGUGACGUUUGAAAAAUGCCCACAGGAAGCUGGUAAUCAGAAGCUUAUCUACAUAAGCCAGGUUGUCAGCGAACCAGAAAUAGUAGAGAGAGCAACAGAGUUAGACACAGUGUUGGGCUCCAGCCUUAGCCAAGAGCCUAGCGCCACAGAGCGACUGGCCGAGUACUGUCGGGCGAAGGGCGACGCGUCGUCGGACCAGAACGCUCGCUUCACCUGGUUCUUCCUGCGCGCCAACUUCCUCCCCAACUUCCGGAGCGAAGUACUCAAUCUAUUAGGUUUUAAGCAAGAUGACAUCCCCAAUAAGUUCAAAGGUCUGAAUAUAUCCGGAGGAGAAGGCUCACAACCGGAUGCAGCUGCUUUGAGUAGAGGCGAGUCUACGGAAACGGAAGCAGAACUGUCCACAGACACCAGCACUGAUUUAUCGGACGCACAUACGCUCAUUGAAAGAAAAUUAGCGAACAUAGACUUGGAAACAUCAGUCGGCAGUAAUGUGGUUAUACCUAACGGAGAAGAUGCAACAAGUUUGAUUUGUCGUGCGUUGGUGUGUGGUAACUUGGAAGAAGCGGUGGAACUGUGUUUAGAUGCCAAGAGGACGGCUGAUGCUCUGAUCAUUGCGAGCUUGGGUAGCCAAGAGCUGCUGUACGCGGUGCAGAAGUACCACCUGGCGAGCAGCGCGCAGGACCCGGUGAGCGUGGUGGCGGGCAGCCUGCUGCUGGCGCGCUGGGACCUGCUCGUGCGCGCCGCCGCGCCGCGCUCCUGGCGCCACGCGCUCGCCGCGCUGCUCGCGCACUGCGACGGGGAGGCGCUCGCGCAUUACUGCGAAAUGCUCGGCGACAAGCUGUCGAAGGAGUCGGAUCCGUCUCUGUCGGAGGCGGCGACGAUCUGCUACCUGUGCGCGAUGAGCCCGGAGGCGCUGGUGGCGCGCUGGGCGCAGGCGCGGCCCCGCCCCGCGCCGGUGGCGGCGCUGGCGCAGCUCACGGAGCUGGCGCUGCUGGCGCGACGGGCCGCGCUCGCACGGGGCCGACACGUGCCGGCGGGCGGUAAAUUAGAAACUGUACUGAACGAGUAUGCGUCGCGGUUAGCAUCACAGGGAUGUCUGCAGAGCGCGUUGAAUACCUUAGAGGGCAUCCAGCACACCGAACUCAGGGAUCGCCUGAUGUACGCACUUGGACUAAUGCAACAGCAACAACAACCUAAACGGCCCUGUCAAGCACAGACACCACGUCUCGGUGUAACCCAUCAUAGACGAACACACGUAGCGCACUCCGAACCUGUUUAUGGCUCUGGUCAACCAACAUAUGAUCAGUCAUGGCAACAAGCUUCCGUACCUGCACCACAACAACCUUCGUUUAGCCGCGGCAGUUUUUCGCAACCACCGCAGCCCUUGCAACCACCUCAGGCGAUACCAUCAAUCCCACCAGCGCCCCUACAACCCACUCCAUUACAACCUACUAUGCCUCCUCAACCGCCAAGGCCUGGUAGUGUAGGACCGCAACCUGGUGGCUUUACAUCACGGUCUAAAUACAAAGUAGACCCUUCAGUGCAACCUUCACCAAAUUAUAACCAGUAUGGCUUCAACAAUCCUGCCUCACAAACAUACGCGGGGUACAACAGUCCUGUACCAGACCCAUACAACGCAGCUAGCGUGCCAGCGUAUAACCCUGCGAACCCAGCCCCUGGUCAAAUAAACCCACUGCCGGGCCAAAUGAACCCAGUACCGGGUCCAAUGAACCCCACAGUGAAUCCUACCAUGAAUGGAGGUUAUUACAAUCCUGUGCAAGCUGCUCCUGAGCCCGUGGCUCCGCCAGUCCAACAAAAGCCUGCUGCUCCCGGUUGGAAUGACCCACCAAUGAUAACUUCAAAAUCAAAGCCAGUGCAGGAAGUGACUGCCCAAGCACCGAUCACACACCCUCUUUUCGGCGUGGAACCUCCCCAGCAUAUCCCAUUAGCGCCCGCGGCACAGUACCCCGGUCAACAACAGUUCCCGGGACAACAACAGUUCCCGGGACAACAACAGUUCCCGGGCCAACAACAGUUCCCGGGCCAACAGCAAUUCCCGGGCCAACAACAGCAGCUUCCGCCUCAACAACAAUAUGGGCAACAGCAGUACGGCCAACAAGCGUAUCCCGAACAAUUCCAGGAGCAGUACGCGGCAUCUGGCUACCCUCAGCAGGUGGAGAGCCCGUCGCCGGCGCCGGUGGAGGCCCCGAAGGCGCCGCUGUCGGCGCGCGACGCCGCGCUGCAGAGCGUGUUCGACGCGCUACGGGCCGAGUGCCUCAACAGGGCCACCAACCCCCAAAUGAAGAGGAAAUUAGAUGACGUGCAGAAAAGGCUGGAAACGAUGUACGACUUGCUGCGUGAGAACAAGCUGUCGGAGAGCGCGCUGUCGUCGCUGGCGGGGUGCAGCGCGCGGGCGGCGCGGGGGGACGCGGCGGGGGCGCUGGGCGCGGCGGCGGCGCUGGCGGAGGGGCCCGACUUCGCCGCCGCCGCCAGCUUCCUGCCCGGCCUCAAGAUGCUGCUGCAGCUCGCCGCGCAGCUGCAGGUCGCGCUGUGA